AUAACUUUUGGGGAUGGGUAUCUGUUUUCACAGAGUUUAGGAGUGGACACCCUUCCUCCUCCUGACCCUAAACCGCCCAGAGCUGAAUUUAACUUUAGUGUGGGCUUUAAGGACUUAAAUGAGUCCUUAAAUGCCCUGGAAGACCAAGAUUUGGAUGCUCUCAUGGCAGACCUUGUAGCCGACAUAAGCGAAGCUGAGCAGAGGACAAUCCAGGCGCAGGAGUCCUCUCAGAGUCAGUGUCCCCCGGCAUCUGUGGACGUUUCACCUCUCAGCAGUGCAGCCUCUCUCGGUGCUGGAGCAAAUGUUACUGCAAUUAGUAUUAGCCAAUAUAAGGAUGAUUUACCACCUCCACCGGCUGAUCCCACGUUAGACCUUCCUCUGCCACCCCCACCUCCUGAACCUCUCUCUCAGGAAGAGGAAGAAGCCCAGGCCAAGGCUGAUAAAAUUAAGCUGGCGUUGGAAAAACUGAAGGAGGCCAAGGUCAAGAAGCUUGUCGUCAAGGUGCACAUGAAUGACAACAGCACGAAGUCAUUGAUGGUGGAUGAGCGGCAGUUGGCCCGAGAUGUCUUAGACAACCUUUUUGAGAAAACCCAUUGUGACUGCAAUGUAGACUGGUGUCUUUAUGAAAUAUACUCAGAACUGCAAAUCGAAAGGUUUUUUGAGGACCAUGAAAAUGUUGUUGAAGUCUUAUCAGAUUGGACAAGAGACACGGAAAAUAAAGUGUUAUUUUUGGAGAAAGAGGAAAAAUAUGCUGUAUUUAAAAACCCCCAGAAUUUUUACUUGGAUAGCAAAGGAAAAAAAGAAAGCAAGGAACCAAGUGAAAAAAUGAAUGCUAAGAACAAGGAAUGCUUACUUGAGGAAAGUUUCUGUGGAACAUCCAUCAUUGUGCCAGAGUUGGAAGGAGCUCUUUAUUUGAAAGAAGAUGGAAAGAAAUCGUGGAAAAGGCGCUAUUUUCUUUUACGGGCUUCUGGAAUUUAUUAUGUACCCAAAGGAAAGACUAAGACAUCUCGUGAUCUGGCAUGUUUCAUACAGUUUGAAAAUGUCAACGUUUACUAUGGGAUUCAGUGUAAAAUGAAAUAUAAAGCCCCCACUGACUACUGCUUUGUUUUAAAGCAUCCCCAAAUCCAGAAGGAGUCCCAGUAUAUCAAGUAUCUGUGCUGUGAUGAUGCAAGAACUCUAAACCAGUGGGUCACUGGAAUAAGGAUCGCCAAGUAUGGAAAGACUCUCUAUGAUAACUAUCAGCGGGCCAUGGCCAGGGCUGGCCUUGCCUCCCGGUGGACAAACGUGGGCACUAUCAACAAAGGUCCCCCAGCGCCACCUCCUACAGGACUCAAAACAGACACCAGCCACGCCAAUGGUCAGAUUCCCCAAGCUGCACAUCCCAUGAGCUCUGUUGUCGAGGAAGCCCAGACACAGGCUGAACUAAUGAGGGAGAAGAAGCCAGCCCAUGGUACCUACGACCCAGGAGCGCCCCGGGACCAUCACCUUCCCAAGUCCAGCCUGCCGCCGCCACCUCCUGUGCGCCGGUCUUCAGACACAGGCGGCAGCCCUGUGAUCUCUGCCAAGCCCAAGCCCCCCUGCGGCUUCCCAGCCCCGCCCGACAACCUCCUGCUGCCGCCGCCGCCACCGCCACCAUCUCUAGGGAAUGACCAGCUCCCUCCACCACCCCCUGAUUUUAUUGAGUCGCCCCCAGAUUUUGUGCCCCCGCCUCCACCAUCCUUUGCGGGGGGAGGGUCCACGUUACCGCAGCCGCCUCUGCCACCCCCCACCCUCGCUCCUGAAGCCACGAGGCCCCCCAUUGCUGCCAGGAGGCCUCCGGUUCCUCCAAAGAGGCAAGAGAACCCGGGACCACCCGGUGUGGGAGGAAGCGGGGAGCAGGAUUUCAUGUCAGAUCUCAUGAAGGCUCUGCAGAAGAAGAGAGGCAACAUCUCUGUGUGAUCAGUGUGAUCAUGUCUGACUUCAAGCACAUUUUUGCUACUUUAUUUUCUUGAUACCUUGUUCAUUUUAGAUAAAAUAUUUAAGAAUUCAGAUUAGAAAUGAUGUAAACCGCCUCACUGUGGCUCAGGUACAUUCAUAAUCAUUAACUGAACACAGAAUUUACAAUAUCUGCCUAAAUGUAUCUUUCCUAUGUGUUUCCACUUCAGUAGGAAUUAUCUUCCCAGUUAACUAAAAUGAUGUUUUAUGUUCACUUAUUUUAUUAUGCUUGGAAGCAAUUAACAAAAGUUUUUAAAAGGAAA